UUUUUCACAGUUGCGUUUUGUCGGUGGUGCGAGGAGUGUAUGAGUUUUCUACUCUGAAGUUAUUUUACAUUAAUUUGAGGAUUGCACGUUUAUUAAAACAACAGUCAACGUAAAUGAACUAAAACAUUUCGAAGAAUUCAAUAUGUGUAGUGUAUAAACUGUGUCGUAGAUAUAUUUUCAAGUGUAUAAUAUAUUUACUGAAUUCUUGGUAAUUCGGAUUUUACCGCUGUAUACUUUGGAUGUGACAAUAAUGUUGUUGCUUGUGGCUUUCGGUUUGGUCGCAAGCGCAUCGUGCGCGCACGCCGGUUACUGUUCGACCAACACGUUUCCGACUAAUUCAUCAUGGAUGCACUUUACAAAGGAGCCGAUACCGUUCGAGUAUGGAUUUCAAGAUAAAUUCAAGAGCAUACACUGUUGUGUCAAAGGAUAUAGGAGUAUUGAAUGGUUUAAAGAUGGCGUGGCGUAUCCAUGGUCUACUGGGGUGUCUAACUUGAUCCUCUACCCUGAGGCAGCCAAUCAAACGCUUUACACACGUCGAGCAGCUCAGUCAGACUCGGGAAAUUACACUUGCAGACUUAGCAAUGAAUCCAAUAGUGAAACGCACACAGUACGACUAGAUAUAUUAGAAAAGCCGACUGACGCGCCUAAAACGAUGUUUAUCUCCAAGGAUCAGUGGGUGGAGGAAGGGAGUGGAUUACGCCUCUUCUGCGAAGCUCUUAUUGGUAGAUCGUACUUAGCCGACGCACGGAGUGAUCUUCGCUGGUGGAAGAUGUGGUCUAAUGGUACCGAGGGAGACUUGUUACCCUCGCAAAAUGAAGUGAAGACUGUCAGAGAUGACAUAGAAGAUAUAAUCGGUUCAUAUCUAAGCAUUGAAAAAUUGUCCGCCCAAGACUACGGGACGUACGUGUGUGUGGUACACAGCAAUGAUGUUGUGUCUAGGAGCUAUGUUACCGUUCAUUAUAAGAAUCGAGAAUGGUUAAGUUCUGAAGUGUGGUGUGGUAGCAGCGAAAUCAAUUGGCAUACGAUAACCUUGGGUGGGGCUGCGGCAGUUUUGCUGCUGAUAUCAGCGCUGGUGCUGCAUCGGCGUUGUACACCGCGGCUGCUGCUCGCUGCUCGGCAGGCUCGGGCAAGAGCGGCGGCUGCCCAACAUAGAGCUAGAGUUCUUGAGAAAGAAUUCGACGUGUUGGUCUGUUGGACAUCCGUGGAUGCCGAAUUGGUCCGUGGUGCCUUACUACCGACUUUGGCCUGCAAAUACAAUUAUCGCGUACACACCGCGGUGCUCUCCACCAGCCCGGAUAAUUGGUACAAGGAAAUCGUAUGCGAAGCAGCCCGUUGUCGUUCAGUAGUGGCAGUCUUGUCUCCAGCUCAAUAUUCUUCUCCCCACCAGCUGCUGACGGCUCUGUGCCAGCUCAGGGCGUUGCCUCAGCCACCUGUUGUUGUCUUGCUGCAGGACCUGCCAAAGUUGAAGCGCGAAGCGAAAGACGGCGGCGAACGUUUCGUAGAAGUGGUUAGGCGCACGCGUCUCAUCCCCUGGCGUCACGUUCACGAUCGCUCCUUCUGGACAGCAUUGAGACUGGCUUUGCCACUUCCACCGGCCAAUGACGCCUCACCACAGCACGAAAAAUCGUCCAACCCAUCGGACCAGGAUUGUAAAAACGCGCGUUCCGGAAGUCUGACAGCACUUGUAUGAGUUUUAUUGUUUGCGCGAUGUGUAAUAGUGUUUUUAGUGUCUGACACUAGUGCUAAUCGAAGACUGUUGACACUUUCUCCGUGUCGAAAAUGUCGUAUAACUCGGUGUAUUUCGAUUUAGGCCCGUCAACUUAAAUUUCGAGAGCUGUCAAGACAUUUUGACAUUUCCCGAUUAUUUAUAUUUACGGGCCUUAGAGUGAAAAUGAGAUUAAACUUUUAAGACAAAUGAAUAGUUUUCUGAGAUCUCGUUGUCUUCUUAUGCAUUUCUCUUUUCUCUUUCUCGUGCCAAAGGGAAAUGAACAUGACAAUUUAAAAUUUUCGGUUGUAAUUUCUAGUAUUUAUUUUAUUUAUCUUUCGAAUUUUAGCCCAUUUGCGAUUGUCAACUUUACAAUUGACAUUAUCAGCGAUUGUAAACUUUACAAUUGGCAUUAUCAGCUAUUGUGAACUUUAUAAUUGACAUUAUCAGCGAUUGUAAACUUUACAAUUGGCAUUAUCAGCUAUUGUGAACUUUAUAAUUGACAUUAUCAGCGAUUGUAAACUUUACAAUUGACAUUAUCAGCGAUUGUAAACUUUACAAUUGGCAUUAUCAGCUAUUGUGAACUUUAUAAUUGACAUUAUCAGCGAUUGUAAACUUUACAAUUGACAUUAUCAGCGAUUGUACUCAUUACAAUUGACAUUAUCCGCGGUUGUCAACUUGACUAGACUGUUGACUUGACUUCAUUCAACUUUUUUUUUUAAAUCUUCACCUUCAUUUAAACAGUUAGCCAAGGCUGUCAGCCAGUGACAAUUGACAUUCAUUGUAAUUUGACAAUCGCAUCUAUCGGGCUAGCAUUAGGAUUGACCGAAGUCAAGGAAGGAUACUUUUCGACGGGCUAUCGCUGGAAAUGGUCGCGUGACAUAGCCAUACCUAUAUUUCUAUACAAUUUUGAUGAAUUUUACGAUAGUUACAUCAAGUAUUCGUUUACAAAAAUCAAAAAAAUCUGUUUUUGGCAUUUUCUUCCAUACAAUUUUCAUACAAAAUUCAUGUUCAUGGCUGUCGAAAAGAAUUCCUGUCUAGAGGUCAAUGCCUAGUGUUAUUCUCAAAAUUGGGAAGCUGUCCAUUUCUUAGUAAUAUUUUAAUGUUAGCUUAUGCAUGCGUUUCUAGGACUAAGGGAGCUUUGUGUUUGAUUUAAAUAUGGCAUACGGCAGUUCAAAUAUAUUUAAGCGAAUAUUCAAGGAAAAUACAUGCAUCACAAUUGAUAUUUUACAUAAAAAUUGUGGUAAUCACAUGGUAUUGUCAUAAUUCGUAUCGCGAAUAGAGAAUUUCGACAAUUUUUCAACCACGCACCGUCAUUCGUUCCAAAAGUUGUUUUUUACAGUUUUUCACGACCGAAGGACUUUUUUUUCAAAAGCGUUGAUAUGAUUAGUUACUAAUUAGAAAAACCUUUUAUAAUUAAAUGCGUUUACAUAAAAUCCUACAAACAUAAUUUUGCCGGUCUGACGAGUAUGCAUUGCGACCAGGCCAGAGUCUUUCGACAAUUUUUCGAAAAUUUCAACAUUAUCAAAAACAUUUUUUUACAGUUUCCACUUCGAAUCGACAUGCUAAUACGUUGAUUAGAUUAGUUACUGAUUUAAAAAGUCGUUUAUCAUUAAAUUCGUAUUAAAAUAAGUCCCAAAAUUUUGCAGGUUUGACCUCCGUAAACGUAUUGAGUCAAAAAUUGUGAUAAUGUAUUUUCUUUGAUUUGUCUUGAACGCACACGCUCGAUGCCUAUUUGAAUGUCUGUAUGAGAAUGGUUUAAAGAUCUGUGAUAAAAGUUUGGUUGUAAGAUGGCUUGUAUCAUUAUCUGAACACCAAUGUUAUUCAAAGAAUAACUUAUAAUUAGCCCUUACCACAAACUAUUCGAUAGUAACGCGUAUUCGUAAACGAUGUGUCUAGCGCCCAAUGCAUUCGAAUUGUCCUGUUUAGUUCACUACUCGAAUGAACGUAUAGUUUGUGCUAAGCGUACUCUCUACUAGUAUUUUAUACAGUAUUCAUGUAAAUAAUUUUGUAAAGUAUUUUUAAAGGUGAGAAAUUUUGUAUUUUUUACAUUCCGAUUCUUUGUUUAAAAUGUGGAUACUCAGUUACUUAAUAAACAAUUGUAAAGUU